AUGUCAACGCCUUUGAAUGCCCCGCCAAAUGAUCAUGUGAACACCGACGCGCCAAACAAGACCGAUACGAUCAAGGUAAAACCGGUUUUCAUGACAGUGGAUGAGGCGAAUACAAAGGGAGAUCCAUAUAUUGAGCCACAGGAAAUCUACAAAGCGUUAACAAAGCUGUUUACUUGUAAAGUAACCGGUAAUAUUCAACAUAUGAAGCUUAGAGUUGACGGACAGUUAACAAGCUGUUUGAACGGAGACCGAGUGCUAUACUCAGAUAACAUCAACAUACCGUUGCCUAGGUUCAUGAGUAUAAAUAACUUCAAAGCCAGAAUUUUUCAUGACGGUCAGGUAGAUGAUCGCUUGAAAUGCUCGAAAUGUCUACAAAGCGGACACAACGCCAAAACAUGCAAUAAUAAACUGAUAUGUCAUGCAUGUGACCUAGAAGGUCAUAGAAAAGAUCAGUGUAGCACUGAGAAACUGCUUCACGAUAAUUCAGGCGAGAUACUAAUACAAGAAAUGUGGGAGCGAGUAAUAGAAAAAAGGGAUGCAGACACAAAUAGUAACGGCUCCGAUUCCAGCGAUGAGGAAACCGAAGAGGAAGACGAUGAGGGUUAUGAUAAGAAAGAAAAUCAAACAAAAGAGAGAAAUGAAAAGAAACAAGGGAAAAUAACACAGUUCAUGAAGCAGACACCUACGGACACUACUAAAUCCAAGGAACAAGAAAGAAUGAACUCAAAAGAUAUGGAGGACUUGAAAGAAGAUGCGAAUGAAAUAUCCCCUGGAAUGCCUGGAUCAAAGAGAAGAAGAAAGUCAAGUAAAAAUGAAAUCCUGGAUUUAACUAUCUUCUUACCCAACCCAACUGUGAGUAUAACUGACGACUCUGUAAUGUCAACAUUUGGAGGUUAUACUGGGGGUGGAGAUCAAACUCAAGAGAUCUUACUUGGUAGAGAAACUGACACAGGUACUGGGCUCCAAGGAGAUCCAGUAGAAUGGAGUGAUGAUGAUGAUGAUGAUGACAGCGAUGCAACAGCCGUCAGGCCCGGUACAAUGUUUCCUACUGAUUCAACAGUAUGGGCACGUGAUAUUAGAGCAUUUGAUGCACUUCGUAUUAACAUUGCUGGGAAUUCCAAGAAAGAGAAAGUUGGAGCUUUCUAUGCCAAUGCUUCAAAGCAUUCAAAAUCCCAACAUAUAGCAUUCGUCAUAUUGUCUGAAAAUACCGAAAUCACUCCUGAUAGACGUUCUAUAUCCGCCAGUGUUGGAGAUAAUGUGACCUUAAGUGUAACCAGUAUCAUAAGAGAUAUUUCUGGUUUUCUAUGGAAAUUAAAUAACAAUAGUAUACCUGAAGGAAAUGGUAAAGAUUCGUUGACCAUAAAUAAUGUCAGACCAAGUGAUGCUGGAAUCUAUGAAUGCUACACAGGAGAAAGAAAUGGAAAACACGCAAUCAUGAGAUUGAUCGUUAGAGGUUGCCCUACAAGAAUGUAUGGAUCAAACUGUGAUUUAAAGUGUCCUGUUUGUUACAAUGGAGGAAUAUGCGAUGAUGUGACUGGAUUUUGUGUCUGUCCAGCAGGAUUUCAAGGUGAAGACUGCUCAGCAGGUUGUGGAAAUAAUAACUGGGGGCGUACGUGCAGUAUAGUUUGCUCUUCGAGUGGAAACUGUAAAGGGGUAAUGUUCUGUCCUCCUGAUCCCAGUGGAUGUGCAUGUCAAGCUGGUUUCAGUGGUGUUACUUGUGAUAAUGAUGCAAAAAUGAAAACCAUCAUUGGUAAUAUUCAACGCUAUGACGAGAGGGAAGUACGGAACUCAUAUCAGGAGCGGCUCGAGCAGUAUUUCAAGGCUAAUAGUAUAGCCGUGGAAAAACAAGUUUCAGUGCUCAUCAGCUCACUAGGGAGAAGAACUUACAAUUUCCUUAAAGAUCUUGUCAACCCGGAGAAGCUCGGUGAUAAAGGAUAUACUGAUUUAGUUCAGAUUUUAAAUGAACACUUCAGCCCGAAACCGAUCAAGAUGGCAGGGCAUUUUCAUUUCUACAAACGCGAACAGAAGCAUGAUGAAAAGAUUAAAGAAUACUGCGCUACUCUAAUGAAAUUGACUGAACAAUAG